UAACCGUUACAGACGGUGUAAAAAUUGCAUCUAUUUUCGCCUAAAAUGGCGAUCCAUACAUUCAUCAUGUAGUUAUAACCAUCAUCUUCUUCAUCAUAUCCUCCUUUGAAUCAGAAAAAGAUUCAGAAGAAGAAGAACAGGAGAGACAGAAAACAAGAUGAGAUCAGUGGGGCACCUUUUCUAGGGUUCACCCCUCUGAUUCUUCUUCACUCUCUUCGUUUUUCUUCCUUUUUUCAUCCCCAAUUUCUUUCUUUUUCUUCUAAUUAGGGUUUCCAUUCUUCAAUUGCUGCUACCAAUUGCUUAAUUUUCAUUCGAUUUCAUCCUCAGGCACGCCCAAUUUUCAUUACAUUACAUUGUGUUUCGUCAAAUUAGGGUUUCCACUUCCGAUUGUUUAAUUUUGAUUUCAAAUUAGGGUUUCCAUCCUCAGGUACGCCCAAUUCAUCAGAGUACACAGUUUUUUGUUCAAAUUAGGGUUUCCAUUAUUCAAUUGGUGCUGGCGAUUGUUUAAUUUUGUUGAUUUCGAGUCCAAAUUUGCCGAAAAAAUUGAAUGAAAUUGUAUCUUUAAAUUAGGGUUUCUAAGAUUGAUUGAAAUUGUGGGAAAAGGGGGUAAAAUUUAUGUCGAAUUCGGUGGAUUUAUCAGAUUUACCACCGGAAUUGCUCGAAACAAUUGCGAAGAAACUGAAAGUUCAUAAGGAUUACAUUCGAUUCAGAGCCGUAUGUAGAGGUUUUCGGGACUCAGUCCCUAAAAUCCCUAAACAUCUGCCAUGUCAACUCCCAUGGUUAAUGCUUCCACGUAGAACGAAUCAAGAUCCCGAAUCGAAUCUCAGAAGCUUUUUAAGUAUUUCCGAUGGAAAAGUCCACCUGAUUAACCUGCCUGAAGAUUCGGACAAUCACCGUCGUUGUGGAUCUUCACAUGGAUGGCUUGUGAUGCUUGAUGAAACCCCUUUGAUUUCCAUCGUAAACCCGUUAACGCAAUGUAAACAACACCUUCCACCAUUGUCAUCAUUCCCAAAUGUAAUCAGUUUUGCACCUGGUGAAACUGGGAGAGAGUACACGAUCAAGACUUCGGAUGAUGAUGUGUAUACAUGUAGUUCGAAAGAAAUGCGUGAUUCUUUCAUUAAAAAGGUGGUUUUUUCUUCGAGCCCGUCGAAUGAGGAUGCGGAUUACUAUGCAUUAGCUAUAUUGAAUCAAACUGGAGAUCUUGCGUAUUGUAAAAAGGGGGAUAAAAGAUGGAAGUUCAUUGAUGAUGCGAAUUCUUAUUGUGAAGAUGUGGUUUAUUACGAGGAUUGUUUUUAUGCUGUGAGUAAACAUGGGACGAUUGCGAAAUGUGAUGUCAAUGGGCCCACACCUGAUGUGUUAUUUCUCGAAACUCAAAGACAGAUUGGUGGUGAUAUGCAGUAUUUAGUGAACUGGAAAGAUGAACUGUUGUUGGUGACUCGGUAUACCGAGUUGGAAUUCAAUAUGGAUCAGAAUAAGCUUGAUAUUGUGUAUAAAACAAGUGAGUUUCAAGUGUAUAAGCUCGUUUUGAACGGGCUAAAGUGGGAGGGUGUGAGUGAACUAGAUGGACACGCGUUGUUUUUAGGGGAGAAUUCUUCGAUCGCGUUUUGUGCUUCUGAUUUUCCUGGGUGUAAAAGGGAUUGCAUAUAUUUUACAGAUGAUUAUUCAGAGUGGAAUUAUGAUGGUGCUAAUGGAAAUCAUGAUUUGGGUGUUUAUGAUUUGGGAAACGAGAGUUUAGAAGCGUUGACUUGUUAUCCUGAAGAAUUCUAUAGCGGGCGUCGAUGGCCUCCUCCAAUUUGGUUUACUCCAAGUUUACAUUAACCAGUUGUUUGGUUGCCGAUGAAAUUGUGAAGACACUGUGGAUGAUGAAAAGAGGGCAUGCAUGAUCUAUAUAUCGAGACAAGCUUUGGUAAUUUUGUAAAUAAAUAAUAGAACCAACCAUACCUUCAAUUGGAUGUUGAAAGUCGAUAUUUAUGAAGUGCUGCUAGAUGCAGUUGGUUUUUGUAUGAUUAUAUAAUUGAUAAUAUAUAAUCACAGUUUUCUGAUGGAA